AUGAGUCGAGGCGGCAAGCUUGCACCCGAGGUCAAUCGCUACAACGUUACUCCAGAGGAGCUCUUCGACCUGUUUGGCAAAUUUGGUCCUAUUCGUCAAAUCCGCCAAGGCAUCGCCAACCAAACCAAAGGAACCGCCUAUGUCGUUUACGAGGACGUGAUGGAUUCCAAGCAAGCUUGCGAUAAGUUGAACGGCUUCAACUUCCAAAAUCGCUAUCUCGUUGUGCUCUACCAUCAACCAGAGAAGAUGGCUCGAUCGAAAGAGGACCUAGAAUCCCGCAAGGAGAAUUUAGAGCAGCUCAAGAAACAGCACGGCAUCGAAUAA